UCGAGCUCUCUUGCUAAAAUAUCUUGCGCUUUAAAUUCGAUAUUCGUUGUUCUUUCAUGUUGACUCUGUCUCCGUGACAUAGGUCUAAUAUUAAAAAAGUCGAUCCCGACACGCCGUCGAGUUUAAUUGUUCAGCUUUGUACUUUAAAUUUUCCGCAAGUAUAUAUUGUACUAAGAACUCUUCAUAUACUAGAUUUCUCAACCUUGUGGAAUCUUCUCACGGAAUUACUCUUAAAUCUAGAAGCUCGAAAAUCACACACGACCUAUUUUUAAAAAUACAUCAUGGCAGCGCCAUCAACCGAGGGUUAUAAACCCGAAUGGCUCGAGGUAACUAUAUACUCCCACCUCCCUCCCAUCUCUAUACAUAAAUUCACACAUCCCGCAGCUCGAGAAAGCCCUUGGAGCUCGUCCCCUCCUCACAGGCACUGCAGCAGAAAUCACACAGCAAUUCAGCGGACUAAUCCACACCCUCGCCGCACAAGCCGGAGCGCCCGAUCCUUCCGUCCAAACUCGCGAAUCCUCCGCCGAUGGAAUCCCAGUUCGCAUCUAUACCCCUUCAAAUACAUCUGCCGAGAAUCCUCUUCCUCUAGGUGUAUAUUAUCACGGCGGAGGCUAUUGCGUCGGGGAUCUCGAUUCGGAGGAUUCCUGGUGUCGGUAUAUCGCGAAGAGUGUUCCGUGUAUACUCGUUUCGGUGGAUUAUAGAUUAGGUCCUCAAUAUAAAAUGCCAGUUAUGUUAGAUGAUAGUCUCAAGGCUUUUGAAUGGGUAUGUUCACUGUGGUACUUCCAUUUCCACUUUUUUCCUUCUUUUCCCAUUCUUGAUUUCCAUAUAUAUUCCCUAAGCUCACGCUAUCCCACUCACUCACUCUCUCUCUCACAUCACUCACUCACUAACCCCCACUCAAGGCGCGAAACCACACCUCAGAACUAAACGCCAACCCCGCGCAAAUCUUCACCAUCGGCGGCUCAGCAGGCGGCUGUCUAGCCCUAACCGUAGCAAACGAUCUCAUCGCGGCAGGUAAAAAAGACCACAUCCAAGGUAUCGUAGCCAUGGUCCCCGUAACCGCACAUCCAUCUUCCAUUACCGCCGCUUAUAGCAAACACUAUAAAUCGUACGAGGAAAAUGCAGUUGGAGUUCCCAUUCUGGAUCGUAAGACUAUGUAUACAUUUUUUGAGGCUGUCGAUGUGGAUCCCCAUGAUGAGAGACUUUGUACGUUUUUCUAUUUUUUCUCCAUCUAGGUUUUGGUUAUAUGCAUCUACAUCCAUCUUUGUGACUUUUUAUAAAAUUAUAUAUAUAUAUAUAUAGAAAGAGAAAAAACAAAAACUAACAUCCGAUCAAUCUUAGUUGUAACGCUUUCAAAGCAUCUCGAUAAAUUCCCUCCUACGUAUAUUGCUACGUGUGGAAAAGAUCCUUUAAGGGACGAUGGUAAGGUCUUGGAAAUAAUUUUGAAGGAGAAGGGGGUUCAGACAAAGAGUGAUCAUUAUGACGGUGUACCACAUUAUUUUUGGGUAUUUCCCGGUAUCAAGGGUGGAGUUGAAUUUUUGGACAAUGUUUGUGAUGGGGUGAAAUUCGUUUUGGGUAUUUAGGUUAUUGGAUGGUUGUUCUCACGCCAGGGAUUCUUUUAUUAUACAUCUGCUUCACACAGGUUUUUGUAGAAAUGCAAGUCUAGUCUGUGUGUUGUGAAGAUAUCAAUUUUUAUCUAUCUCCCCGACCCUCAAAUAAGGAAA